UGCUACGAUGCUUCAGUACGGAGGAAGCUGAUCCUCCCUCCUGUAUCCCAGCUUAAUGCAUCUUUAGAAGCCUCUGGACCAGCUCAUGUCUAAAGCUGCACGCUUCUAAAUUACCAGAGGGAAAAGAAAAUCAUGUCUCCAUUAUUAUUACUCACAUGGGUUGCUGCGCUUCAGCAAGGACAUCUGACCCUGGCAGAAUUUUGCUACAAUGACCUGGUUUCCCCUUUGUACUUUACAUCAUUUGAGGCUUCUUCAAGAUACUCCAUUUUUUAUGCAGCUAACUUUGCACGGCUUUUUGGUAGCAGUGGGUGGUCUCCCGCUCCUGGGGAUAAAAAUCCAUGGCUUCAAAUAGACCUGAGGAGAAAAUAUGAAAUAAAAGGAAUUGCCACUCAGGGAACACAUAACACUUAUUAUGACUGGGUUACAAGGUACAUCCUGCUUUUUGGUGACCGUCCUGAUACUUGGAAACCAUUCUUCCAGCAGGGAACUAACUGGACAUUCUUUGGCAAUGUCAAUACAUCAGGGGUGAAAGAGCACCGUCUCCACUACCCUAUCAAGGCACGCUAUAUUCGUUUUGUUCCUGUAGCCUGGAAUCCAAGGGGAAAGAUCGGGCUUCGAGUUGCACUUUAUGGCUGUGAAAGCAACCAUGAUGUCCUAUCUUUCGAUGGUGAUGACCUAUUUUCCUACCAGUUCAGAAAAAAGACCAAUCGGACUUUACAGGAUAAUAUUUCUUUCAAUUUCAAGACCUUGGAAAAGGAUGGGGUGCUGAUGCAUGCGGAAGGCUCACAAGGAGACUACAUUACAUUGGAGCUUCAGAAGGCGCAAUUGAUCUUCCGCAUGAGCCUGGGAAACAGCCCUCUCCAAUCUAUAGAUAGUCACACAGUUGUCACACUUGGGAGCCUGUUAGAUGACCAGCACUGGCACUCGGUAUAUAUCCAACGAAAUUUGCGUGAUCUCAACAUUACAUUGGAUGGGGAAACACAGAGAAUACGAUGCAAGGGUCAUUUUGACCAGCUGGAUCUGGAUAAAGAGAUAUUUUUCGCUGGCAUUUUACAUGAAGGAAAAAGCAUUUCUUACAAGCAGAACUUUCGUGGCUGCCUGGAGAACAUCGUCUUUAAUAAUGUGCACAUCGCUGACCUGGCAAGGAGGAAUAAGUCAUCUAUUCGCUUUGUGGGCAAGGUGCGCUUCUCAUGUGUGGAAAUGCCUUAUGUUCCUGUCACAUUUUCUGGCAUUAACAACUAUCUAAUGGUGCCGGGAGUUCCUGCCAAUUUGAAAGUGACAGUGAGCUUUAAAUUUCGGACAUGGGACACCAUUGGUCUUCUGAUGUUCACCAGCUUUGCUGGUUCCAUGGGAUCAUUGGAAAUGGCUCUAAGCGAAGGUCAAAUUAAUGUGACCAUUUCCCAGCCCCACAAGAAGAAGCUGGUGUUUGCGGCUGGAUAUCGGCUAAAUGAUGGCUUCUGGCACUCUGUCUCCUUGGUGGCCAGAGAGAACUCUGCUGUGGUUAUUAUUGAUGAAGAUGAAGGAGCACAGUUCAAAAUUAACUACCAGUUCCAGCUUCGGUCAGGAGAUACCUAUUAUUUUGGAGGGUGCCCCAAACCAGCUGCCGCCUCUGGCUGCUAUUCCAACCAGACAGCAUUUCAUGGCUGCAUGCAACUGAUAAAUGUGGACGGUCAACCUGUGGACUUCCAUCGUAUGCAGCUGGGGUGGCUGGGAAGAUUCUCAGAAGUCAUGUUCAAUGUCUGUGCAAUUGCUGACAGGUGCCGGCCAAAUCUUUGUGAACAUGGAGGUCGCUGCUACCAAUCCUGGGAUGACUUCUUCUGCAUCUGUGACAUGACGGGUUACAAGGGAGAAACCUGCCAUAAAUCACUCUUCAAGGAAAACUGUGAUGCCUACAGAAUCAGUGGAAAAUACUCUGGCAAUUUCACUGUGGAUCCUGAUGGCAGUGGCCCUUUAAAGCCAUUUACAGUCUACUGUGACAUAUCUGAGGAAAGAGCAUGGUCCAUUGUACAAAAUGAUCGGUAUUAUCGCACCAAGGUCGUCGGCUCCAAUCCUGACCAGCCAUUUCUAGGGGAGGUAAAUUACUGGAAUGCCUCCUGGGGAGAAGUGUCCUCACUGGCUAAUGGGUCUGAAUACUGUGAACAAAGAAUAGAAUUCUCCUGCUACAGAUCCAGGCUCCUCAAUACACCAAUGGGAUUGCCAUACAGCUUCUGGAUGGGACGAAAUAAUGAGAGACAUUUUUACUGGGGUGGCUCUAACCCUGGUAUUCAAAGAUGUGCCUGUGGCAUAGAGAAAACAUGUGCUGAUCCCAGACAUUUUUGUAAUUGUGAUGCUGACCAUCUUCAAUGGAGAUAUGACAAAGGCUUACUGACUUUCCGUGAUCAUCUACCUGUGACCCAAGUUGUUGUGGGGGAUACUAACCGUUCCAGCUCCGAGGCUUGGUUUUCAGUGGGACCUCUUCGUUGUUAUGGAGACAGGAAUACCUGGAACGCUGUGACGUUUAUGAAACCUGCCAGUCUCAUUUACCCAACUUUCCAACCAAACCAGAGUAUGGACAUCUCCUUCUACUUCAAGACAAGUUCCUAUUCUGGGACAUUUCUUGAAAAUAUGGCGAGUGACUUCCUGAUCUUUAUCAGGAUAGAGUUGAAUACAACAAGAGACCUCGUGUUCAUCUAUGAUAUUGGGAAUGGUCAUGAAAAUGUUACUGUUAAGUACCCUUUUCCUCUAAAUGACAAUGAAUGGCAUGAGGUAAAAGCUGAAAUGAAUGUCAAACUUGCCCGUCUGAAGGUGGACAAAAUGCCUUGGGUGAUCCGCAAUUUCCCUUUCCAGACCUAUCUCAACACUUCAUAUGAUCGGCCCCUUUAUGUAGGUUCAGCAGAUUACAGGAUGAAACCUUACAUUGGAUGUCUCAGAGGACUUCGAAUGAAUGGUGUGACAUUGGAUCUCGAAGGCAAGGCCAAUGAAACUAUAGGAGUAAGAACCAACUGCACUGGCCACUGUGAAAAUCCCCAGAUGGAGUGUCAGAAUGGAGCCCGUUGUAUAGAGAGAUACAGCCACUACAUGUGUGAUUGUAAUGGAACUGGCUAUGAAGGACCAUUCUGCACAAGAGACAUUGGCGCAUAUUUUGAGGCGGGCGUCUGGUUACGUCACAAUAUCCUGUCAGCUGGGAUGGUGGCGGCCAAGGAGUUUGCCAAAGUUGUGACCCUUCCACUGUUUGUUAAUAACCUCACACGUGAAGAAAUUUCAUUUAGUUUCAGGACCUACACAGCUCCAGCGGUAUUGAUGUACAUAAGCUCGUUCUCGUCAGAUUACAUAGCAUUCCUACUCAGGCCCGAUGGUACGUUGCAGCUGAAUUAUCAACUGCGAAGCAAUAGCCAAAAUGUCUUCCAACUGAGCAAGAAAAACAUGACUGAUGGCAGACCUCACAGGGUUAAUGUCACCAGAGAUUACCGAACGCUGUACUACCAGGUGGACUAUUAUGAUGUUGUACAGAAACAGUUCUUGUUGUGGGAAGAUCCCAAGUUUGAUUCUCCAAAAGCUAUUUAUCUUGGAAGGGUUGUUGAGACUGGAACAAUAGAUUCGGAUGUGCAGAACUUUAACACACCAGGCUUUAUAGGAUGCCUAGCAGAUGUACGUUUCAACAACAUCACUCCAAUACGAGACAUUUUCCGGUCCUCUAGAGCUGCAGCACUGAUCACAGUAAAGGGAAAUCUGGUGGAGUCUAACUGUGGAGCCAUGCCUCUGAAGGUGUACCACAUACCAUACGAACUGGACCCAUGGUAUAUGGGUGCAGUAUUUCCCCAUGUACAUGACGAUGGCCUUGCUGGAAUAAUUGCAUUUGUGGUGAUUUUCCUCUUCCUCCUUGCGAUUGCUUGUUUGUUUUUGGUUUAUCAUUAUUUUCACCGAUAUAAAGGAUCUUACCUCACCAAUGAGCCAAAGGCUAUAGACACUGCAAGCGCUCCAAAGUCUUCUAUGAGGAAGGAGCAGCCCCUUCCACAAAUUGAGGAAGAAGAGGCUAGGGCAGAAUAGCCUUGACUGUGGUAGUAUUCUCCAGGAAGCAGCAGCCAUCUGUUCACGUGAAGUCUGGGAACUUUGCCACUGGAAUACCUUAUUAGUCCUGCUCAUUUUUGUGAAAGAUGGGGAUGGGGUGAGGACAGACCACAAAAAAUAUAAAUAACGGACUGAGAGAGUUACAAUAUCAUCUGGUAGAGCAGUCAGAGAACAGCAGGCUUCUGAGGAGUGAGUAUAUCAUUCAUCUUCCAGCAUCUAAGGUACCUGCCUUCAUUACAGUAUUUCCUGAGAAUAAUGCUUUUCCAUAACUAUCCCACUAUGAAAAGUUUCCAUUUUUAAAGAAAUACGGGUAGCGGGCCCCACCUCACAAUAAACAAUUUUUGUGCUUCCGUCCACAGCAUACAGUAUGUAGUACUCACUAACUAAACUGUAAAAGGCAUAAUCUAGAACCAACUAUCUAAAGGUAAAGGUAACCUCUGGCACUCCAGCUAUUGUGAAACUACAACUCUCAGAAUGCUCCAUUUACUUCUAUGGGAGUUCCAGGAACAGCCGAGCAAGUGUGCAUGCUGGGAAUUGUAGUUUUACAACAGCUGGAGUCCUGGAGGUAGGUUGUAGACUCCUGCUCUAGAGCCUGUGGUAUGUGUACCCCAGAGGGUAAACAUCCGAUUUUUAGCAGUUCGGCCUCAUGCCCAAGGCCGUGUCCGUAUUUCAGUCUGUAAAAUACGCACACCUUCUGUGUGGCUUCUAUUUAUUUCUCAUCCCCAAUAUGAAAAAGAAAAGGGCAUGUUCUAUAAUUUGCAGAAUGUAAAAAUUGAACUGCAAAAAACGCUGAGGCUACUUUCACACUGGCGUUUUCGCUUUCUGUUUGUGAGAUCUGUUCAGGGCUCUCACAAGCGGC